AUGGCCGCGCCCAAAGCCCGCCGCAACACCACCAUCAUCGCCGCGCUGUUGUACCUCAUCUCUAUACCAUUCCUCAUCCUCACCCUCAUCGGUAAUACGCACGAUAGGCCCGUCUUGCGAGACACCUACUUCUUCAAGCUAGACGUUGCCCAAAUCAUCCCCAUUGCCGUAGCAAACUCGGGGCUGCUCAACUCUGUAGCCAGGAGUUUGGGACUGCACGACUUCUACCAAGUCGGUGUUUGGAAUUUCUGCGAGGGAUACAACGAUGUCGGCAUCACGUAUUGCUCGCCGCCCAGGACAUUCUACUGGUUCAACCCAGUCCAGAUUCUCGUCAGCGAGCUUCUCGCCGGCGCCAAGAUUGCCCUGCCCUCCGAGGUCCUGACCAUCCUGCGGCUGCUCGAAAUCGGAUCCAAGGUCAUGUACGCCUUCUUCAUGGCCGGCACCGUCAUCAACCUCGUGCUGCUGCUGGGCACGCCGCUGGUCAUGCGGACGCGGUGGUUCUCGCUGUUCCUCUCCCUGCUCGGCGGCCUCUCGGGUCUCGUCCUCACCGUCGCCGCCAUCAUCGCCACCGUCAUCAGCGUCGCCGCCAAGAUUGCCCUCACGGCCCAGGACCAGCUCAACAUCAAGGCCAACAUCGGCGUCAAAAUGUUUGCCUUUAUGUGGAUUGGAGCCCUGGCCACCGACUUUGCCUUCUUGCUCCACGCCGCCAUGGGCUGCUGCUGCAAGCCCGUUCGCGGCGGCGGCGGCAAGUCGCCCAACGAGCCAUCACCCGAGGGCAGCGCGAAAAAGCCAAUGACACACCUUGAACUGCCUAGUUUUAUAAGACGGCGAAAGGGGGCUUCCCCUGCGUCAUAG